AACCAGUUGUUGCUGCAAAUGCGCCAUUGUCACAGCACGAAAAUUUAAGUACAUGUAAACAAGCAAAGCAGCCUUUCUUAUACUCAACAGCAAAUCGACCCUUGUUUUUCGCUCUUCUCUUUCCUUUUUUUUUCUCCUCAACCAAACAAACCCCAAGAAAAUUUUCUCUUCCAGGGUGUUGAGGGGAGAGACAAAACAGCCAUCGAUGGAGAAUUCAACAAGGUUAGUUCAAGAGAACAAUUGGAGCUUGCACUUCCCAUCAUCAUCAUCAUCAUCUUCUUCAUCUCCUUUGAACUCUCCACUUAGCAACAAUGGAACCAACACCCCACCUUUAACUCCAAUCCCCAUCUCCAGAUCUGAGACCAACCCUUGCCCAACAACGUUUGUCCAAGCCGACACGACCACUUUCAAACAGGUUGUCCAAAUGCUCACCGGUUCAUCGGAGACUGCUAAACAAGCUUCCCCGAAGCCUCCAACACAACAACAACCCCAACACCAUCAUCAAGGAAUGCCAGCAAAAUCAUAUUUUCCUAUCCCUCCCAUGAAAACGAACUCACCCAAGAAACAAAAUUUCAAGCUUUAUGAGAGGAGGAACAGUAACCUGAAGAACAACCUCAUGAUGAUCAACACUUUCCUGCCUUCUAGUGGCGGCGGCGGCGGCGGUAGUGGUGCUUUUUAUUCGCCGAGGAAUGUCGAGAUCUUGUCUCCGAGCUUGCUCGACUUCCCGAAGCUUGCUCUUAGCCCGGUUACACCAUUAAAUGAGGACACUUUUAACAAGUCUUCACCUUCUUUACGUAAUUCAUCUGAGGAAGAUAAAGCUAUAGCGGAGAAAGGCUUUUACUUGCAUCCAUCACCUAUGUCGACUCCUAGAGACACUGAGCCUCAGCUCUUGCCACUGUUCCCAGUUACUUCACCAAGAGUUUCAGGCUCCUCUUCUUAAGAAUUCAAUGAAGAAGAAAAUGAUUAUGUUAGUUUGAGAGUGGUUUGUCAAGAGGGUUUGGCUGAAUUUGAGUGGAAAAAAAAUGAAGUUACGAGAAUCUGUCUUAAAUUGUAUGAUUUGAUCUCCCUUUGAUUAUGGUAAAGCUCUUCCUUUUCACCA